AUGACCGAAUCCAGUGGCGGUGUGUGCAUCUCGGCGCCGGGCAAGAUCAUCCUCUUCGGCGAACAUGCCGUCGUUUACGGCCGAACCGCCGUUGCGGGAUCUAUCGAUUUGCGGAGCUACGUCAACGCCUUUACUUCAGCCGACGGCCGCAUCUAUUUGUUCUUGCCUGACCUUGGUGUGGAAAAAACCUGGCUUCUGAAAGAUCUGCUGAAAGCUGUCGAUAAAGUUAGCGGUAAAAAUUUAAAAUAUAGACACAUGAGCGUGGUUUGA